AUGUCACGGAAUCUAAGAUCUCGUGGGCGUGGUCGAGGGAAAGAACCCAUCACAGAUGACCUAAUGGAUCUUGAUUACUCGCCAGACGAUGUGGAGAUGCAGGACCCGCCGCCAGAGGCUUUGUCGCGCCUCAGACCUCGAAAGCCUCCAUCUUCGCAAGCUGUGACUACGGAAGAGUCGCCAUUCUGGACAGACCCUUCACACAGAACGCCCUUGCCCGAAAGCUCGCCCCCUCCAGCGCCUCCAAGAUUGAAGCAACCCAUGACAUUAAAAUUUCGGAAUGAUCAUGUUGGCGAGCCUCCCGGUUUUGUUCGUGGAACAGCUGCUCUUGUGCGCGAGACUGGCGAGGAACGCUGGAAAAAUGGUGUACUAAGCGGCAGCGCACUGAUCCGGAUGCUGGAAGAUCUAUCGCGCAGCACCAAACGCGAACACUGGCAGGUCUGUGCCUUGCUAGAUGGCUUCGCCGCAAAGUUUGGUCGCUUCCACACCCCGGAUGGUCUCAUAGUGGCGGAUGCAUAUGAGACGUACAUGCUCAUGCUCGCACGUAAAGUUUGGGUUGAUCACACAGGCGAAUUUGCUGGGGGAGAUGUUCUCUGGGUACCCGGACUAGAACCUAGAGCCAUCACCGAUCCGGACUGGGAAGCCAGCGCAAGGCAAAAUUUACCGGAGUUACCUAUCAAACAUUACCAGCCGCCUUGGUUGGCGGCGGAGAAUCAGUACAUGCACCGCGUUAUGCAACGGCCACAAAAGGGGGAGAUUGUCUACAAGGGCUGGGUUGAUGACAUGAAAUGGGAAAGAGAUAUCCGAGAGGGUGAGAAAAUUGAUCAAGGCACGCCCAGCGACGACCCUGUUGUUUCCACAUCAAAUACAGAAUGA